AUGGCUUCGUCAAAAAAGCUGGUGUGUUACUACAACAGCAUGGCUGAAGAAAGAGAAGAUCAAGGGAAGUUCAGCAUUUCAGACAUUGAUCCGAACAAGUGCACCCAUCUGAUUUAUGCCUUUGCUGACAUAAACGGAAAUGAGAUAGCUCCCGCCAGUGUGGGUGACAUUCAACAAUACAUCAAGUUCAAUGCACUCAAAGAAAGUAAUCCUCUUCUGAAAACCCUGUUGGCUGUUGGUGGCUUGACCUUCAACAACAAAAAGUUCAGUGCGAUGGUACAAAAAAAAGAAAACAGAGCAGAGUUCAUCAAGUCUGUUGUCAACUUACUGAAAACAAUGGGGUUUAAUGGACUAAACAUUGACUGGAGGUACCCUGGAGGAGCUGGAGGCCAGACUCAGGACAAACAGAAAUUCACAAAGCUGUGUGAGGAGCUCAAAACUGCAUUCAAGGCUGAAGGACUGAUCCUCUCAGCAUCUGUCUCUGCUGAGAGAUCCACCAUUGAUGCCAGUUAUGAAGUGGAACAGAUUUCCAUGCAACUGGACUUCAUUAACGUGCUGACCUUUGACCUCCACGGCCCCUGGGAAGAAGUCACAGGACAUCACAGCCCCUUGUUCCCAGGAUCCGAAGAGACUGGAGACAAUAUGUACUUAAACGCUGACUCUGCUUUGAACUACUGGAUAGACCAAGGAGCACCUGCAGAAAAGCUGACCAUGGGGAUUGCAUUCUAUGGGCGAGCUUUUUCCCUUUCAUCUAACUCCACUGAUGUCGGAGCACCAGCCGAUGGUCCUGGCGAAGAAGGCUGCUAUACUGGUGAAGAAGGAUUCUGGGCCUCUUAUGAGACCUGCAUUUAUCUUGAAGGGGUUAAAACCCAGCGCAUUUCUGAUCAGCAAGUUCCAUAUGCCACAACAGAAAAUCAGUGGGUGGGAUUUGAUGAUGAAACCAGCCUUGCCACCAAGGCCGGUUACCUAACCAAAAACAACUUUGGAGGAGCCUUUGUCUGGUCCCUGGACCUGGAUGACUUUAGUGGCGAGUUCUGUGAUCAGGGUAAAAGCCCCUUCAUAAGCCAACUGCAUGACCUCCUUGUGCCAGGUAACCAACUGCCAUCGCCAAGUUUGCCCCAAUGGUUUGGUCUUCAGGAUGGACUGCAGAUGCUGUCGCUCCGCCUCUAUGACUCCAAACACAACUCCCCCAACAAUAACUACAACUACCCCAACAUCAACCACAACUACACCCACCCCCUCCCCAAAAUCGACACCCUCUGGACACCCCUGUGA